CACUGCAUAAGACAAUGGAAAGUUACUGUCAGCAAGUGGAGAGAUUUAUGUACAAAUUGUGUCAUUUUACUUUGAUAACAUUUAUCAUUUCAUUUUCAUUUUUUGAUUACAAACUCGUAGGUUAUGCGCAGCCGUUAUUAGCUCAAAAUAUUGACCAAAACACCAAUGAUUUAAAAUAUCCAGUUAUAUUAAUCCCUGGCCUAGGAGGAGCUCAAGCCUACUGUGAAUUGAAAGCUCAAAAGUCAACCAUAUUCUCUGUGUGGCUGAAUUUACUUUAUUUAAUGCUUCCAGAGAAGAUGUACAAUUACUUUGCUUUAAGAUAUGAUCAAAGUACACUGGAUGCACAAGAUACAGACACAUGUCGUGUCGUAUUUCCUGGAUGGGGUCAUACAUCAACUGUGGAAUAUUUACAAAACUCUGGAUUUCGUUUCUUCAACUAUUUUGGUUCACUAGUUCAAACUUUGACAAUGGACAAGUAUUUUGUGAAAAAUUUCACUAUUCGUGCAGCACCCUAUGACUUUCGUCGAUUGCCGUAUGAGAAUUCUGACUUUAUGGAAAGAUUGAAGCUGUUAGUUGAAGAAACAUACGAAAAUGGACAACAGAGACCAGUUGUUCUAAUUGGUCACAGUAUGGGUUCACUGUAUACAUUGAACUUUCUUAAUAAACAGACGAAAGAAUGGAAACAAAAAUAUGUGAAGUCAUAUAUUUCAGUUUCUGCGCCAUUUGGAGGUUCUGUAAAAGCUCUGUUAGGCAUUACUUCUGGCGAUAAUUUUUCAGUAUUUUUCCGAAAUCCUUUAUCUUUUCGUCCAAUUCUACGAUCGUUUACUUCUAUUGUGUCAACUGUGCCACAUCCUAGAGUAUGGCUUCCAGAUGAGGUGUUGGUAUCAACGCCGACAAGAAAUUAUACAGUGAAUGAUUACCAAGCUCUUUUCAGGGACAUAGAUUUCCCACUAGGUUAUGAAGUAAUGAUGAAGGCUAGAGAAAAUUUCAUUACUCUGUCUCCACCAGCAGAUGUCCCUGAAGUUUACUGUAUCUACAGUUCUGGCCUGGUAACUAUGAAGAGAUUAGUUUAUAAACCAGCAGGCAUUUAUCGAGAUGCAUUUCCUAACCAAGCACCAGUGCUAGAAUAUGGAGAUGGUGAUGGAACAGUCAACUUGGAAAGCUUAGAAGUAUGCACCCAUUGGCCUGAUGUAAAGAUUAUUCAUUUGCCUGCAUCGAGUCAUGUACCCAUUCUAGCUGACCAUCGAUUUGUUCAAUUCGUUCAGUCUCAUGUAACCAGUUAGAAAUGAAAGUGUAUUGAAAAAAAAAGUGCACCAUUUUAAAUAAAAUAAAUACGUUUUGAAAAAAAACAUAGUGACGUUUGUUCAUAGGAAUUAGAAUGGCUGGAUUUCAGCAGAACACUAAUCGUUUAAAAAUGUUCUAUUUCAUUCUGAUAAAAAAAAAUGGCAUUUAAA